AUGUCCCCAUUGCACAGAAGUGGGUACUUGGGGGCAGAAAGAAGUUCAUUUUGCUACUUUUCAGCUGCAUGUCUUAUCCAGGGUACACACCCUUCUCUCUGCCCCUUUCCCCCAGCGUGCUGUGCCCCAAGCACCAUGGGCACCGCAUACCAUGCUAGGUACCAGCUCAGUGGCCCCUCACCCCUCUUUGUUCUCCCCACAGCUAGUGGAGGAGGGCAGGCACUAAAGGUAGACGAUGAUAGAGAAAGAGGGGCACAGGAUGCCUGGGGUGAAGGCCAGCCUGGCAUCCAGGGUGCUAGGAUCUGGCUUGCAGUCUGGCUUCUGAUGCCCAGUCCAGGGAAAGUUGCAGAGCUGAGAGGUGAGGAUGCCAUAGCCCUGAGUCCUCCUGGGAGCAGGAGCUGCUGUGGAAACCCAGCUCCCAGGCCCAAGACCCCCUAA